UUCAGACUGAAAGGUAAAAAGAUGUGAUUCUCACUGCGACUCUUCCUCUCAGAGCGGAUCUCCAUCAGGAUCCUCUUACUGGGAUUUAAACACACAGCUGAUGACUGUCUGCAGGUCUCUCCACAGCAUGCUCCCCUCUCCCCUCUCCUCUCCAGUUUCUCCAGUGAACAGGAAGUGAGACCCCCCCCCCUCUCUCUCCACCAUGUUUGGAUGUGUCUGAGGAGGUGGAGUUGUGGCCCCUGGAGGCCCCGGGAUGCUGAGGACGGACCCUCACCAUGACUCUGCUGGACCUGUGGUUGUCCCGCUCGCUCCCCAUGGUCCUGCUGCUGCAGAGCCUGGUCCUCAUGGCGCUCUGCUUCCCCUCCGCCUCCAUGUGUCCCAAGGGCUGCCUCUGCCAGAGAGACCCCCACCUGCACGGGCUGAACGUGUCCUGCAGCCAGUCGCGCCUCAAAGAGAUCCCCCCCAGCCUGCCCUCAGACACCGUUCUGCUCAGACUGGACCACAAUCAAAUCGGAGCCGUUCCGGAUCAAGCUUUCCACGGCCUGCGUCUCCUGAGGGAAUUAAACUUAUCCUACAACGCCGUGGAGACUUUAGGCGAAGGAGCGUUCAGCGGCAUCGAGGGAACGCUUCAGGUUCUCGAUCUGUCUCACAACCGCAUCACUAGCGUGCACAAAGACGCCUUCGCCCGUCUGAAGGCUCGCGUCAUCGUGGACGAUAACCCGUGGCAUUGUGACUGCGCUCUGCAACAAGCUAUCGGAGGAAUGGCUCAUAACCACGAGGCGGCAGCACGAGUUCUCUGCAGGAGCUCAGAGAUCAGAGACCAGGAGGGACAGCCUUUCUUAGCGGUGGACACGGACCUGUGUAACCUCGCCAAAAGGACCACAGACUACGCCAUGUUGGUGACCAUGUUCGGGUGGUUCGCCAUGGUCAUUUCCUACGUGGUUUACUACGUGCGACAGAACCAAGAGGACGCUCGACGACACCUGGAAUAUCUCAAGUCGCUGCCCAGUAAACCCAAGAAACCGGACGAGGUGGACGACAUCAGCACGGUCGUCUGAGAGGUUUAACUAAAUAAACCUGCUGUAAGAGGACCCACGUGCACGGAGAAAAAAACUUUGACUUUUAUUAAGUGUAUUGUGUCAACAAAUGUCACAUAACAAUAGGCGUCAUUUAUACUGGGGACAGUGGGUCUCCACAACUUCUGGAAAUUGCCAGUUUCAAACUAAACUAAACCUGCUGUAAGAGGAUCCACGUGCACGGAGAAAACACUGCAACUUUGACUUUUUCAUUAAGUGUAUUGGCGGACGACAUCAGCGCGUCGUCUGAGAGAUUUAAACUAAAAUAAACCUGCUGUAAGAGGACCCUCGUGCACGGAGAAAAAACCUGAACCGUUGACUUUUAUUAAGUGUAUUAUGUCAACACAUUUCACAUAACCAUAGGUGUCUUUUAUACUGGGGACAGUUGGUCUCCACCACUUCUGGAAAUGGCCCAUUUUGUCCCCACCACUUUGCAUUAGGAUUAUUUAAGAUAAGAUAAGAUAGGACUUUAUUUAUCCCGAAGGAAAUUGUUGUGCCAGAGUUACAAAGAUACAAUAAACACAGCAGCAUAAUAGUAAAACUGUACACUAACAGGGCAGUAAGAAGAGCAAUUACAUAUCUACAGGAAACGGACACACAAUUAAUACAAAAUAUUGUACAGUGAAAAGCAGUAUUUAGUAGUGCAAAAAGAACGUAGUGGCAGAUACGUAAUUGCACGAUUAUUUGCUGACAAAAUGACGCCCAUGCACAAAACUGUAUUAGGUUAGAUGAAAGCAAUACUAUGAACCUAUUUAAAUACUUAAUAUCAUUGCUUUCUGAGGUGGAAAUUCCACACUUAAUCACCUUCUGGUUAGAAAAUAACAAAUAUACAAGCUGAAACCAAAG